UGCACUUAUUUCGGGUCGGGAUUCGGGGUGGCCCUGUCCCAGGCAGGCUGCUACCACCCCUCUGCUUCCAGACAUUCUCGGCCGUCAGGGAGUAUGUUGUCACAUAAGCCCUCAAGGCCUGGGAGGAGCCAGGGUGAGGGGUGCAAGGAGCACUGACCGGCGAGCAGAAGACUUGGGGCCUGUCCAGGCCCUGCCGCACACGGCCUUGGUCACCGCACACAUGGCAGAGUAGAACAAGCCUGGAUUCUGGAAUCGGGGGUCUCCUCUUGUCCCCAUUCUGCUGCUGGGGGACAAAGUAUUCCAGCUCUCUCAGCCCCCAUGACAUUUUCUUUUAUCAAGUGAGAGUAAGGGCAUCUCCCUCCCAGGGAAUGGAAGAUCAAAUGCAGCAGGCCAUUGAUUGGGGAGGUGGGGGCCUCGCCUGCCAGGCCGGCCACUGCAAGCAAGCACGGAGCCAGGCUCAGGGGAGGUGCUCGCCCUCUCUUGCCUCUCCGAGCCAGAUUCCCUCGGGACUUCUGCGUCCUCAUCUGGAAAAGGAGCACCUGUAGACGAGCUGCCAUCCAAAGUGAUGUCCUGCGAUAAGAAGGAGCAUGGGUUGGAGAUGGUCACUGACCAGAGGGGCCCGUGGAGGCUGAGAAGGCCCCGCUGUGUGACGUCACAGGGAGAACACGUCUCCGGCCUGAUUACUGGCUGCUGUCUCAUUCCGCCACUCUUUGGCCUGUUUGCGUUCCUCUCAGAAACUGAGGUUGCCAAAGAACAGCCCUGGGAAAGGCAGCACAGGACCCUAUGGAAGAGGUGCUGUCCGGAGGGCUCAGCCCGGAGCUGGGCAGCUGUAUUGUUCCUUUGAGGGACAGUCGGGGCCUCGAGCCAUCGAUGCUGUUCUCUCCCCGCAGGUCCUCUCACGGCCGCCAUGGCUCCUCCCUCCUCAGGGCUGUGGCCCAGCUGAGGUCCCAGCUCCGGGCCCACCUCCUUCGAGCGCCUCCAGCCCCCAGCCAAAGACCCUCUGCCUGGCGCUGGGUUGGGGGCAUCCUUCUGGGCCCUGUGGUGUGGAGUAAGUGCCCCCGCCUCGGCCUUGUGGCACUGUGUGAGGCGGAAGAGGCCCCUCCUGCCUGCUCCAGACCUCAUGUUGGGGAGUCCCGCUUUAACUGGAAGCUCUUCUGGCAGUUUCUGCGCCCCCAUCUGCUGGUCCUGGGGGCAGCCAUCGUGCUGGCACUGGGUGCGGCCCUGGUGAAUGUGCAGAUCCCCCUGCUUCUGGGCCAGCUGGUGGAGAUCGUGGCCAAGUACACGAGGGAUCACGUGGGGAGCUUUCUGACUGAGUCCCGGCAUCUCAGCACCUCCCUGCUCAUCCUCUAUGGCGUUCAGGGGCUGUUGACCUUCGGGUACCUGGUGCUGCUGUCCCGCAUCGGCGAGCGCAUGGCCGUGGACAUGAGGAGGGCCCUCUUCAGCAACCUGCUCCGACAAGAUAUUGCUUUCUUUGAUGCUAAAAAGACAGGGCAGCUGGUGAGCCGGUUGACAACUGAUGUGCAGGAGUUUAAGUCAUCUUUCAAACUCGUCAUCUCCCAGGGGCUGCGAAGCUGCACCCAGGUGGCUGGCUGCCUGGUGUCCCUGUCCAUGCUGUCCCCCCGCCUCACGCUGCUGCUGAUGGUGGCCACACCCACCCUCAUGGGAGUUGGCACCCUGAUGGGCUCAGCUCUCCGAAAAUUGUCUCGCCAGUGUCAGGAGCAGGUCGCCAGGGCAACGGGCGUAGCGGAUGAGGCCCUGGGCAAUGUUCGGACUGUGCGGGCCUUCGCCAUGGAGCACCGAGAAGAGGAACGCUACGGAGCAGAGCUGGAGGAGUCCCGCUGUAAGGCGGAGGAGCUGGGUCAAGGCAUUGCCUUGUUCCAAGGGCUCUCCAACAUCGCCUUCAACUGCAUGGUCUUGGGCACCCUGUUUAUUGGGGGCUCCCUCGUGGCUGGACAGCAGCUAACAGGGGGAGACCUCAUGUCCUUCCUGGUGGCCUCCCAGACGGUGCAGAGGUCCAUGGCCAACCUCUCUGUCCUGUUUGGCCAGGUGGUGCGGGGGCUCAGCGCGGGGGGCCGGGUCUUUGAGUACAUGACUCUGAGCCCAUGCAUCCCACUGUCUGGGGGCUGCUCCGUCCCCCGAGAGCACCUGCGUGGGGCCAUCACGUUCCACAACGUCUGCUUCAGUUACCCCAGCCGCCCCGGCUUCCAGGUACUGCGGGACUUCACCCUCACCCUGCCCCCUGGCAAGAUUGUGGCCCUCGUGGGCCAGUCCGGCGGAGGAAAGACCACCGUGGCUUCCCUGCUUGAGCGCUUCUACGACCCCACGGCGGGCGUAGUGACGCUGGAUGGACGGGACCUGCGUACCCUUGAUCCCUCCUGGCUCCGGGGCCAGGUCAUUGGCUUCAUCAGCCAGGAGCCAGUCCUGUUUGGAACAACAAUCAUGGAGAACAUCCGCUUUGGGAAGCUGGGAGCCACAGAUGAAGAGGUUUAUGCUGCUGCCCGGGAAGCCAACGCCCACGAGUUCAUCACCAGCUUCCCAGAGGGUUACAACACCAUCGUCGGUGAGCGGGGCGCAACCCUGUCUGGAGGCCAGAAGCAGCGCCUAGCCAUCGCCCGCGCCCUCAUCAAGCAGCCCGCGGUGCUGAUCCUGGAUGAGGCGACCAGCGCUCUAGACUCGGAGUCCGAACGGGUGGUGCAGGAGGCCCUGGACCGCGCCAGCGCCGGCCGCACGGUACUCGUCAUCGCCCACCGGCUCAGCACCGUGCGUGGGGCCCACCACAUCGUCGUCAUGGCCCACGGCCGAGUCUGCGAGGUGGGGACCCAUGAAGAGCUCCUGAAGAAGGGCGGGCUGUAUGCAGAGCUCAUCCGGAGACAGGCCCUGGAUGCCCCAGCUCCUGAGGUGCCCAGAGGCCCCAGGAACCGCCACCCCAGGUCCUGAGAGCCGCUGUCUGAGGUCUGGUCACUGCUGAGCUUUGGUGCCCAGGGCCGAGGCUCAGCUCCGGGAACACCUGGGGACCAAGCACCCAGGACGGCCAGUGUGCCGCUGUGCAGGCUGCUGCCCCGCCCCUGCUCACGAUGAGCCCUGGGCCUAGCGCUGCAGUGGGGGAGGUUGGGACUGCUCCCAUCCACGCCCCCCUCCUUCCGCCAGGCUGCCUCCCUCCUGCAAGAGCCAGGAAUCACUGGGCUGCACGGAGGAGGAGGCAGAGUCCCCAGGUCCCUGCUCUGUUCCCUCCCUCUGCCCAGACCCUCCCGACCCCUCUCAGGAACCCUGCCAAGUCUCCCCUCUACCUGAUAGUCUAAAGCUGUCCAGGCCCAGCUCCAGUCAGGCUCAGGGAGGGGGAAUGGGAGUUCACACUAGAGUGGUCCACACCCAUGCCAGACCUCACCUUCCUGGACCCUGACUCCCCACUCUCCUCUGUCCCCACUGCCUCUCUGAGCCGUGGGAGAAGGAGACCAGCCCCUCGAACCUACAGUCCCCAUCCUGAGAAGAGCUUCCCUUCCUUCUCCCUACUCCAUUAAGACGGUCCUUUUUCUAGAUUUCAUCCCCACCCCCCACACCCCCAUCCAACAGAACAGGUGGCUUGGGACACCUGCCCCCAGCCCUUGGGAAAGGGGUAGGAGGGGCGGGGCAUGCCAUGGUCUAUUCCACAAGGAGCUUCCAGCUUACCAGGCUGUCUUACCACUGCCCUGGUCCCAUGCACCUGGACUCUGUCGCCCAUGAGAUUGUGGACAGCCCGCCCGCUCUGAAGGAGACGAAGCUGACACAUAGCCCAAACUCCAGGCGCGCGGGUCAUACGGUGCUAACAGUCACCAAACUGCAAGGGAGAAGUUAAAACUUAGCCCCCAGGCUGACAAAAUACAAAAUCAAGUGGCUUUGUCCUGUGGAUUUAUCCGAGGGCAAGGCCAUGUUUCCGGGGCGGCUGCGAUGUGUAGGACGAGCAGUCGGCAGUGGCUCAGGUGUGCGGAGCCGGGGCCGAGUCCCUGCAGCCUCUUCCGGGUGUGGUUUAGGACCAGAUGCUACUUUGGGGACAAAGCACCUGAAAUGUCCCAGGGCCGCAGCCCCCCUGGUGUGAUAUCCUGCUUCCUUACUGAGCAGAGGUCGCGUGCCAGGGCAGCCACAGGCCAGGAAGCAGGGCGCGGGCUCUGGGGGGCCUUGCCACCAAACGCCUCCCCAGCUCCCUAGCCAAGUCCGCACCGGCCUGCCUCACCCCUCCUUCGAGGGAGAGGCAGCGGAGGCGAGCUCCUGCUCCACCAGCUCCAGCCCCAGCCGCCCAGAGAAAAUUCCAGGUCUCUGCUGACCUCUUCAGGGGGCCUCUCCCAAUCCUGCCGCCCUCGCCCCCCCCCCAGCUAGGGAAGUAGUGCGAUCUGUGGGAGCCUGGAGCUGGAAGGCUCUGUGGCCAGCCUCACACUUGCCCUGCAGCCUCAGCCUCGACCUUGCCUCCUGCCACUGUUCCCCGCGGGUCACAAGCCUGCAGUACUUCAUCCUGAGAGCGGGGCGCCUGGUGGCGCAGUCGAUUGAGUGUCUGACUCUGGGUUUCGGCUCAGGUCCUGAUCUCGGGGUCCUGGGAUCGAGCCCCAUGUCGGGCUCCAC